CUCAACUACCUAUUCUACUCUCUCUCUCUGUCUCUCUCUCUCUCUCUCUGGGAAUAACUAUUAACUACCUUUCAUUCUGUCUUCUUGGCUCUACCUUAAAUUUCCUCUCCACUUCUGUGAAGAUUUCAGCUAACUGUUUUCCAACUCACUAGCCAAGAACACAUUUUCUUUCCCCUUUGGUCUGUUUUCUUCUUCUAUUGUUAAAGAUUUUCAAUGGAAGCUGCUUGUGUAGAGGAUUGUUGUGUCAAAGUGGCAGUUCAUAUUAGGCCACUUAUUGGAGAUGAGAAGCUUCAAGGUUGCAAAGAUUGUGUCUUUAUAGUCCCUGGAAAGCCUCAGGUUCAAAUUGGUUCACACUCAUUUACUUUUGAUCAUGUUUAUGGGAGCAGUGGUUCACCCUCAGUUACAAUGUUUGAGGAGUGUGUGGCCCCUCUUGUUGACGGUCUAUUCCAAGGAUAUAAUGCCACUGUCCUUGCUUAUGGCCAGACAGGCUCUGGGAAAACAUACACCAUGGGUACUGGUUUCAAAGAUGGCGGCCAAACUGGACUCGUUUUGCAAGUUAUGAAUACUUUGUUUAACAAGAUUGAGACCUUGAAACAUCAGUCAGAAUUCCAGUUGCACGUAUCCUUCAUUGAGAUACAUAAAGAAGAAGUAAUAGAUUUGCUGGACCCUGAUUGUAUUAGCAAAUCAGAGACAACAAAUGGGCACACAGGGAAAGUAGCCAGCCCAAGGAAACCACCAAUACAGAUCCGUGAAACAUCAAAUGGUGUUAUUACAUUGGCAGGGUCAACUGAGCGUAGUGUAAAAACACUAAACGAAAUGGCUGAUUGCCUGGAGCAAGGAUCACUUAAUAGGGCCACCGGCAGUACAAACAUGAACAACCAGUCAAGUCGGUCUCAUGCCAUCUUCACCAUUACACUGGAGCAGAUGCGCAAGCUCAAUCCGACGGAUUCAAAUGAUGGCCAUAGCAGUGAGUGCAUGACUGAAGAAUAUCUUUGUGCCAAGUUGCAUUUGGUGGAUCUUGCUGGUUCAGAGCGAGCCAAAAGAACAGGAUCAGAUGGUCUCCGUUUUAAAGAAGGAGUUCACAUUAAUAAAGGCCUUCUUGCACUUGGAAAUGUUAUUAGUGCACUAGGCGAUGAGAAAAAGCAGAGAGAAGGUACUCAUGUUCCAUAUCGAGAUAGUAAACUCACUCGGCUCCUGCAGGAUUCACUUGGCGGUAACAGUCGUACUUUCAUGAUAGCAUGCAUUAGUCCUGCUGAUAUAAAUGCUGAAGAAACUCUGAACACUCUUAAAUAUGCAAAUCGUGCUCGGAAUAUUCAGAACAAGCCAGUAAUUAAUAGAGAUCCAAUGUCUAAUGAGAUGCUGAAGAUGCGCCAACAACUAGAGUAUUUGCAGGCAGAACUCCGUGCCCGUAGUGGAGGUGGUUUUUCUGAUGAAAUACAGGUGCUUAAGGAUAAGAUUGCAUGGCUUGAAGCUAAUAAUGAAGAGCUAAGUAGACAACUAAAUGAGUACCGCAGAAGAGGCUCUAGCACUGAGAAAUAUGAAACAGAAGUUAAAGUAUAUGUUAACUUCCCUACAUUAAUGAAGUCCAGUUUAUCUGAGAUGAAACUUUAUGGAGGCUUUGACACCAUGGCUCUGAAGCAGCACUUUGGUAAGAAGAUUAUUGAACUUGAAGAGGAGAAAAGAGCUGUGCAGCAAGAAAGAGAUCGAUUAUUAGCUGAGGUUGAAAACUGUGCUGCUAAUUCUGAUGGACUGUCCCGGAAAUUGCAAGAUAUGCAUUCCCAAAAGCUAAAAUCACUUGAAGCACAGAUACAAGAUCUUAAGAAGAAGCAAGAGAACCAAGUUCAGCUUUUAAAGCAAAAACAGGAGAGUGAUGAAGCAGCAAAGCACUUGGAAGAUGAAAUACAAUCAAUCAAGGCGCAGAAGGCACAACUGCAGCAAAAAAUUAAACAAGAGGCUGAACAAUUUCGUCUAUGGAAGGCAUCUUGGGAAAAAGAAUUGGUGCAGUUAAGGAAGGAGGGGAGGAGGAAUGAGUAUGAAAGACAUAAAUUGGUUGCUCUGAAUCAGCGCCAAAAGAUGGUUCUCCAACGAAAGACAGAGGAGGCUGCAACGGCAACCAAGAGAUUGAAGGAGUUGCUAGAAGCACGUAAAUCUUCAGCUCGUGAAAACUCAGCGACUGGCAAAGGAAAUGGAACAAAUGGACAGAGUUAUGAGAAAUCAUUGCAACGUUGGCUUGAUCACGAGCUUGAGAUUAUGGUGAAUGUUCACGAGGUUCGGCAUGAGUAUGAAAAGCAAAGUCAAGUACGAGCUGCGUUGGAAGAAGAGCUAGCUGUUUUGAGACAAGUUAAUGAAUUUGCUUCAAAAGGACUGAUCUCUCCUAAGGGAAAAAAGGGUCUUUCUAGGGCAUUGUCAAUGUCACCAAAUGCAAGAAUGGCAAGAAUUGCUUCUCUUGGGAAUAUGCUUAGCAUUUCAUCCAAAUCUCUAGUUGCCAUGGAUUCACAACUUUCGGAAGCAGAAGAACGAGAUCGUGCCUUCAGCAACCGGGGAUGUUGGAACCAGCUACGUUCCAUGGGGGAUGCGAAAAAUUUACUCCAAUAUAUGUUCAGUUCUCUUGCGGAUGCAAGGUGCCAACAUUGGGAAAAGGAGCUUGAGAUCAAGGAAAUGAAAGAACAAAUGAGAGAACUAAUAGGUGUACUGCGACAGAGUGAAAUUAGGAGAAAGGAAGUCGAAAAGGAUCUGAAAGUGAGAGAGAAACCCGUUACAAUAUCAUUAGCUUCAUCAGCUUCGGCUUAUCCCGACAAACACUUUGUGGAUGACACAAGUGGUCCCUUGUCUCCAGUCCCUGUUCGGGCACAAAAGCAGCUCAAAUAUUCGGCUGGAAUUGCUAGUGCUUCGUUCAGAGAGGCAGCAACCUCUAUCGAUCAAACACGAAAGAUGGAGCAACUCGGCCAGUUGUCAAUGAAAAAACCGAAAGCUGCAGGACAAGGUGGGAAGCUAUGGAGAUGCAAGAGAAGUCAUCAUCAAUGGCUAUUACAGUUCAAAUGGAAGUGGCAAAAACCCUGGAGACUUUCGGAAUGGAUUAGGCACGACAAUGAAACAAUGAUGAGGGCACGUCAUCGUAAGCGGGCUCUGCCAAGUCACUAACUUCGGUGUGCAAACUAUAUAUUCCGCUUUGAUCUCUCUCGAUCCCCAACACAUCGUACAGAAAGGGAAUGGAAAUAAGUGCAGGGUGCAGUUCAAGUGGCAGUAGGGAGCAUUUUGUUUUAGAUAUUACAUGAUGUGGAUUUUCCGAGGACUUAUAUCUGAUCUUGAAUUUUAAAGAUCGGUCAUUAUUCAUCAGCUGUAUGUUGUGAAUACAUGUUGAGGCUACAUACACGCGCGUGAGUGAUCACAAAACAAUAUUUAGAAGGUGGAUAUGAGUAAGUUGCUGGCAGAAUUUCAGUUACACAACAUAUCGCCAGUCUGUGUAUACUUUUUGGCAAAUACGUUCAUCUUGAAAGAUAUUGAUCUUGAGGAGCAUGUGCAGAUAUCCUUUUGAGUUUUUGUAUCAUUUAUGGCAAAUUUAUGUAAAUGUGGUAUAUCUUAUGUAGUACAAUGUUGAUUUUGUUUACAGUUCUUAACAUAGAGAGAAUUCUUUAAAGCAGAAAACUUAGUUUCUUAUGGUCCACUUUUUCAUUUUACCCUUAGGUGUUGUAGGUAAUAGCAUUUGGUAUGAUGAACAGCUGGUUCAAGAAUACUUACUGUUUUAGGAGAGUGAAUUUGUUCUA